GCCACGCGAUCAUUCAUUGAUGAAGCUGCGACCGAUAUGGUGCUGGGCCGUGGCCCUGGGUUUGUUCGUGGGCACCGUCAGGGCCGAGAGACCGGCGGAGAAAACGCUGUCACGGAAAAAGCGAUAUCUUACUUUUCCAGAGGGCAGCGGACUCAGCUUGGUUUAUUGUUUAACGUGGGGCGCAUAUAUCACGGACCUUUUCACAUGGGGAGCCACCGUUGGGUUGGGCUUCCCAUUGCCGACAGACACCAAGUUCUUCCUCAGCAAAUUUGACUCAGACCAGCUGCACCGAAGGGAUCGACGCCAAGUCUUUACAAAAAUUAAAAUUUUGCUGGAUGAGCAUGGCAGGAAUGGUCGGUCAUGCGUCCUGAAAGCGUUGUGCGAAGCGGACAGCGAACUCCCGCAAGGCUCGUUUCUCGAUGCCCUUUUUCGCGCCGUUUUUUCUUUCCCUAGAUCAAAAAAAGAGGACUUGGAGGAUUGGGACCACGCACAUAAAAAAAGCCACCGGAACGUCACUUCUUGCAGUGAAGCUUACCCAGAAUGCGACAUUUCCUUUUUCAACAGAGACUUCGGAACCUGACGAAAUAAAACUUUUGAACGAACUUUUCCCCUUUGACAUUUUAAAUAUGUACAAUGUACACCUAAUUUUAAGUUCCACUAUCUUUAACA